AUGCCUGCAGCAUUAAAGUCGAAAGGUGAUAUUGUCUUAACUUUACCAUCAAGUGGGAUAGUUAUAUUGUUAAUUAUUGGUGGAAGAACUACACACUCGAGGUUUGGAAUCCAUUUAAAUGUUGAUGAACAUUCGACGUGCGAAAUAAAUCUAAAAGACCCAUUAGCUAAUUUAGUACGUCGUGCAAAGCUAAUCAUAUGGGAUGAAGCACCUAUGAUGCACAUACAUUGUUUUGAAGUUGUUGAUCAUACUUUGAAGGAUAUACCGAGAAUUCUUCCUGUUAUACCUAAAGGAACAAGUCAAGAAGUUGUUACUAUAAAUUAUUCUUCUCUGUGGAGUUUUUGUGAAGUGCUUACAUUGACCACUAACAUGAAACUUCUAACGGGAGGUACAAAUUCUAAUAUUGAAAAGAGAAAGAAAUUUCCAGAGUGGAUUUUGGGAAUUGGUGAUGGAAGUAUUGGAGACGCUAAUGAUGAAGACAUCACAUUCCAGAUACCACAAUAUUUGUUUAUUACUAACUUUGGCUAUCCACUUUCAGCUAUUGUUCAAAGCAUGUAUCCAGAUUUAUUGCAUAACAUGAGUGAUCCAUAA